AGUACACGGCUCUCACCAAAGUUGCAGCAUCCCGCUCAAUAGCCUAUCCGAGCUAAUAUCUUGGCAGUGGCUCUGAAAAAAUAUUCAUAGUAUGUUUGUUGGUCAAGCCGAUUUGGAGAUCCUCUAUUGUUUAGGUGGAAAGUACAAAAUGAGUCUCGUUUCUCGUCCUCUGAUGACGAUUCUCCAGAAACACUCUUUUUGGUCAAGACCAUGCUUAUAGCCUCCCGCUAUUAUCUUACUUUACCAGUGUUAUCAUUCAUGAUACUACUGUGGCAACUACAUAAUUACAAAGAACUUUUGUCUUCUCGCGGAAAAUCGUCUUUCGAUCCUAACUUGGAGGCCAUCAACUGGGCAGAGUUCGCCUAUGUGCAAUAUGCGACUGACACAGAUUAUCUCUGUAAUGCUGUUAUGCUUUUCGAGUCUCUUGAGCGCCUUCGCAGCCUCCCAGAAAGAGUGCUUCUUUUUCCUUCGCACUUUGAUCUGAAGAGCGAAUCUGUGGAAGGGAGAUUGUUACGCAAGGCGCUUGCAGAGUAUCGCGUCAGACUAAUGCCCAUUGAGGUACAAACUCGACCCGCUGAUGAUACAACAUGGACAGACAGCUACACCAAGUUGCUGGUCUUCAAUCGAACGGAGUACAAGCGGGUAAUAAGUUUGGACUCGGAUGCUAUCUUGCUACAAGUAUUUAGAACCCUGGCCACUAUUACAUCUUGAUAGGCAGAGACAUAUGUACUAAAAACUUUGUCACUA